UGUGGGAACACAGAGGUUUCAGGAACUUCUCUGCCCAGCCACAUCAGUCUGGCUGGCCCCAAGAGGACAGGAGAGAGUGAAAAGCAAAGCGGGCAUGUUAGUGAGGAGGCAGGGAGGCCCAAGAGAGCCCCCCCUGGGUGGGGGUUCCGGGCUGUACUCUGAUACUCUUGGCCAAGGUAUUCCAUGAAUGGAACCCCUGUCUCUACAGAGCCUCAGAGCAGAACUGAGUUAUCCAGGGUCUGGAAGCCCUCUCCACCCUGGAGUUUCUAUCUCCAGGACUAAGAGCUCAAAGUGCUGUCCAGUCUCCUGUGACUGCAGCUAUACCCCUUCGCUGGGUUCCAUAGCCAAAAGGCAUAUAGCUUGGCUGGACGGCUUCCAGGGGUGGUCCUGUCAUCACUGGGAUAAGGCCAAAACGCGGCAGUGGUCUAGCGGAAGACCUCUGAGAGCCCACCAGCACACUGCCCCCAGGCACUGGAUUGGGCCCUCAUCCUGUGGGCCUCUGUCCAUAGGUGGGCAUUGGUAGCUCCCCUCCAUUCUUGGAGCCCCUCCCUUUGCCCUGGACAGGCGAGAAGGUGUCUGGAAAAUUAGAAGUUAAGAGGAAAAUCUCAGCUUCCCUGGAAGCAGCCUUUGCAGACCCCUCAUGGCCCUAUACCCUGGUUAGAUCUGGAACCUGGAGCUUACCUUAAAGAGCUGGACGAGUGUAACAGCAGGCAGGAGUCCUGCAGGGUGAAGAGGACUCCGUGUUCCAGGUCAGAUGAGUUGCCCAUGCCAGGAUCCAGGGCAGAACAAACGCCAGGGGCUGGAGAGAGUAAAGAGGCCAAGUACCAGCCUUGUCCAGAGUCCUAGCUUUGCCCGGCCGUGGGACAGGCUCUCCUAGCUGGCAUUCCCGGUGGUAGGCUCCGGCUUCCUGCCAGCCUGUGUCAGCACAUGGUGGGGUGCAGAGCUGGAUUUCGGGGCUCUCAUGCACUAUCCCUACCAUCUUUCACCUCUAGUGUUGCCAACGGCAGCUAUGUGCAAUCCUAACACUCCUGAAGUCCCUGGGUCCUGGGUCUGACCUGCAUAAAAGUUAACCAAAGGAUUGGCGCCAUGCUUGCUGCCCAGCCCCCAAGGAGGACAGAAGGGCAAUAGAGGAUUACCUCAGGCUCCCCGCCCCACCCCUAUCUACCAUCGUGCUCAUCCAUCCAGCCUGAGCUGCCCUUGAUCCUUCCAUCCACGUCAUAUCCAGGGAAGGAGGGAGGUGCUGUUGAAGAGCUUGGGGUCUCCUGGAACCCAGCUUUGGAGCCUAAGAUUGGCACAUCUCCUGGGACCAUAACCAGAACUCUGUGAUGCAGGCUACCACCAUGGAGGGCCAGCCGUUGGCCCUGAGCUUGGCAGAGAAGGCUGUGUGCAAGGUGGUCUAUGGUGCCCCUCGCCCCCGCCCCCUGCUACUGCCUGUGGGCCUGGAGCUGUGGCUGUAUGUGCAGAAGAUGCGCAACCUACAGAGAAAGAGGAUGGAGGCGUCCUGUCUGGAGCUGGCACUGGAAGGCGAGCGGCUGUGCAAGGCGGGGGACUUCAAGGCAGGUGUGGCCUUCUUUGAGGCCGCCGUGCAGGUGGGCACUGAGGACCUGAAGACACUGAGUGCCAUCUAUAGUCAGCUGGGCAAUGCCUACUUCUAUCUGAAGGAGUAUGCCCGGGCCCUGCAGUUCCACAAACAUGACCUCCUGCUGGCACGGGCCAUUGGCGACCGCAUGGGGGAGGCCAAGGCCAGCGGGAAUCUAGGCAACACACUCAAGGUCCUAGGCCGGUUCGAUGAGGCCAUCGUCUGCUGCCAACGACACUUGGACAUUGCCCAGGAGCAGGGGGACAAGGUUGGGGAGGCGAGGGCCCUCUACAACAUUGGUAAUGUGUACCACGCCAAGGGCAAACAGCUGUCCUGGAAUGCCGCGCAGGACCCCGGGCACUUGCCACCUGAUGUCCGCGAGACGCUGCACAGGGCCUCUGAGUUCUAUGAGAGGAACCUGUCCCUGGUGAAGGAACUAGGCGAUCGCGCGGCCCAGGGCAGGGCCUAUGGCAACCUGGGUAACACCCACUACCUGCUGGGAAACUUCACUGAGGCCACAACCUUCCACAAAGAGCGCCUGGCCAUUGCCAAGGAGUUUGGAGACAAGGCGGCUGAGAGGAGGGCCUACAGCAACUUGGGCAAUGCCCACAUCUUCCUGGGGCGCUUUGAUGUGGCUGCUGAACAUUACAAGAAGACGCUGCAGCUGUCCCGGCAGCUCAGGGACCAGGCAGUGGAAGCGCAGGCCUGCUACAGCCUGGGCAACACCUACACGCUGCUGCAGGACUACGAGCGUGCUGCUGAGUACCACCUGCGGCACCUGGUCAUUGCGCAGGAGCUGGCUGAUAGGGUGGGAGAGGGCCGGGCAUGCUGGAGCCUGGGGAACGCCUACGUGUCCAUGGGGAGCCCCGCACAGGCCUUGACCUUUGCCAAGAAACAUCUGCAGAUCUCCCAGGAGAUCGGAGACCGGAACGGAGAGCUCACAGCUCGCAUGAAUAUUGCCCAGUUGCAGCUGGCACUGGGCCGGCUGACAAGCCCAGCAGCAGCAGAAAAGCCAGAUCUGGCUGGCUACGAGGCACAAGGAGCUAGACCCAAGAGGACACAGAGGCUGAGCGCCGAGACCUGGGACCUGCUGCGGCUCCCCCUGGACCGGGAGCAGAAUGGAGACACCCACCACACAGGGGACUGGAGGGGGCCAGGCAGGGACUCGCUCCCCCUCCCCGUGAGGAGCAGGAAGUACCAGGAAGGGUCAGAUGCCAUUGAGAGGAGACUGCGGGAGGGCAGCCACUCUCCACUGGACAGCGCUGACGUGAGGGUCCAGGUGCCUCGCACGGGUAUUCCCAGGGCCCCAUCUUCGGACGAGGAGUGCUUCUUUGACCUGCUGAGUAAGUUCCAGAGCAGUCGUAUGGAUGACCAACGCUGCCCCCUGGAGGAAGGCCAGGCAGGGGCUGCUGAGGCCACAGCUGCCCCAACCCUGGAGGAGAGGGCAGCUCAGCCCUCCGUGACAGCUUCACCACAGACUGAGGAGUUCUUUGAGCUCAUUGCCAGCUCCCAGAGCCGUCGGCUGGAUGACCAGAGGGCUAGCGUGGGCAGCCUGCCUGGGCUACGCAUCACCCUCAACAAUGUGGAGCACCUCCGAGGCGACGGGGACCCUCAGGAGCCAGGGGAUGAGUUUUUCAACAUGCUUAUCAAGUACCAGUCCUCCAGGAUUGAUGACCAGCGCUGCCCACCCCCGGAUGUGCUGCCCCGAGGCCCCACUAUGCCUGAUGAGGAUUUCUUCAGCCUCAUCCAGAGAGUGCAGGCUAAGCGGAUGGAUGAGCAGCGUGUGGACCUUGCUGGGAGCCCGGAGCAGGAGGCCAGUGGGCUGCAUGAGCCCCGGCAGCAGUGUCCACCAGGUGCCAGCUAAGGCCUCACCCCUCCAGCCAGGCACGCCCUGCCCUGGACUCUGGGGACUCAGUUGUCCACAGUGGCCGUAACCCCUUGAUAAGCCAAAUCUUUCCAAGGCCAUGAUGGAGAGCCAGCUCAGCCCCUAACCCCUUCCCACUGAGCCAAUGAUGGGCACCCAGCCCUCAAGGAACCCCCAUCCCAGGGUGGUGGGCUCAGGCUAGAGCUGCUAUAUGGGGGAGGGCAUGCUUCUGACCCCAUAUGGCCCAUAGCUUCCUGCAGACCCCGCCCUACCCUGCUCCAGGCUGGGCCUUCAGCAUGUUGGCCCCAAGCCCCGGUGCUGUCCAGACCCUUCUCCCUCAAGCCCUGCCCUGCCAAAUGUGAAAUUCUGCCAACUCCCCCAAGCUCCCCAGGGGAGCCUCAAAGACUCUUCUGGGGGCUACAGUGGCACGGCAUGUUCUGUCCCCCAGCUGGUCCUGGGAUGGCUAUGCAGGAGGUACACUCUGUAUUCUGCCUCACCUCCCCAGGGCAGGCCCUAUCCUGGCCUGUCUGUGCCCAACUCUGCCGCAGGAGAUUGACAGCUGCAAAGUCCAGACACCCUGACCAAGUAGUCGCCAGCCUUGCACUUGGCCUUUGAGGAAAGAUGAACCUUCUCCAGCAGGGGGACAAGGCAAGCUUCCAAGCCAAAAACACAGGCAGGGUCUUGUCCUAGGAGGACUUGUCCUGCCGGCUGGCAGUGGGUAUUAUGAGGUAUCUGUUCAGCUAGAUCCUCCAGUCCCCUCAGUGAACACACACCCCUUUCUACUAGGGAAAUGGUACCUUGGCUUUCUCCUCAAGGGGUCGAGCUGCAACAUCUGAGUUGGACACAGGGUACUGCAGUUGGGGUGGAGAUUCAGGCCGGACUGCUGGGGCAUCCACGAGACAGACCUUUGGGGACUAUUGCCCCAGCUCUUGCCUGCAGAUCCUGCAAGUAGCCCUACUGGAGGGUUCUGUACAACCCAGGGCCUCUUACCCUGCAGCCUAGGAGGGGGCCAGGGUAAGGGAAACUGUAGGGCCAGCCCUGUGAUCCAACUUUUAAGAGGGAACAGCACCCCAAGGGCAGGAACAAAUACCAGAGCACAGGGUCUCGGGCGGGACGUAGUGGCCGCCUGCAUACUUGAAUGUACAUGCGUAUUUAUUGCUCACACGUGUUUGCCAUGUUAUCCACGGGUUCUUUCCAACCCGAGAGGUACGUUUUUGUUUUACCCAGAAAUAAAACGUCUGCCAAGUGA